UUCAAUUGAAGUUGUAGGUGUUGAACAUCAACUCCAAUGCUCUCUUAUUAAAUCCUCCCGUGGAGCCCGGCGGGCCUUAAGCAAGCACCACCUACUCCACCAUCUCUUACCUCUCUACCCCUUAAACUUAAAUGCUCUCUUACACUUUCACACCUUUUUUUUCAAGUUUCCAACAACUAACCCUUUAUUUAAUUUUUAAUUUUUAUGCACCUCAAUUUCGCCAGUUUCUACUACACUUACUCCCACGUAACAAAUCUUUCCUCCAUUUAUUAUAUUUAUUCCCAUUAUCUCUCUAACUUUCUCUUUCUCUCAUGAUUAGUAGUUAAUGUCAACACCAAUCCCUUCAAUCCCACACCAAUCUCCCACCACUUUCACAACCACUAGCACCUCUAGUGUCGGGCUCGGCUAUGGCAUUGCCAUCGCGGUCAGCAUCCUCGUCCUUAUUUCCACCAUCAUGCUCGCGUCCUACGCCUGCGUACGCAUCAAGUCAUCCGGUGGUGCCAGACACCGACACCCUGUCAACCACAACGACAACCACAACGACAACCACAACGACGAUGUAAGUGGUUCAGAAAGGCAGGGCAGGCCUACUGUAACUGGGCUUCCUGGGCCAUUUGUUUUGGUGCAGGCGAAAAAGGGAGUGUUAUACCCAGAAGUGGUGUUAGGUGAGAGCAAGAGGCUCCCUAAGCCCAAUAAUGGUCCUUGUUCCAUCUGCUUGUCCGAGUAUAAGCCUAAACAAACAGUAAGAUGCAUGCCUGAUUGUAAUCAUUGUUUUCAUGUUAGUUGCAUUGAUCAAUGGCUUAAGAUGAGCCCCACGUGUCCGCUUUGCCGGAACUCGCCCGCACCAUCGGCGGCUCCAACUCCCGCUGGGACUCCCUUGUCGGAGCUGGCAUUUUAUCCUAGAUGAUGGAUCAUAACAUUUCAUUUUUAUUAUUUUUGGAUGGUAAAAUUAAUUAAUUACAUGCCCAAUAACAUUUCCUUUGGAAUUAAUCGCCGGGGUAGAUAAACAUACAAAUCUAUACUUUAUUAUUUGUUAGCUUAUUAAUUAAUUUAACAGUCUUGUCAGAUGGUGAUUAAUGCAGAAAACUGUAGUUGUGCUUUGGUAAUUCGAUUUCUAAUUUAUUGAGGUA